GUUUCGCUGCCAAGCACAAUCAUUCAAAGCAAGAAUCCGCUGCCACAGCGCUCCACUCUCCAGCCAUGGCAGAGCAAGCACGCACCUCCCGAGCACCCCUCGUGUGCCUCUUCCUCUGCCUCCAACUCCUAUCCUCUUCCCAGCAGGCGACGAGCAAGUACCUCGACGACCACGACCAUGACACCUUCUCCAGCGGCCAGCCAAGGAGGACCCUCUCGUCCGGCGGCACCACGCCCCAGAGCCUGAUCAGCGUGCCGAGUCGCAACUCCUCCAACAGCUCGGGCGCCGGCGCGGCCUUCUGCAGGCUGCUCUCCCUCCAGAUCCUGGACCUCUCCAACAACCGGCUCACCGGGGAGCUCCCCGACUGCUGGUGGGACCUGCAAGCGCUGCAGUUCAUGGACCUCUCCAACAACUCCUUCUCGGGCGAAAUCCCGGCGGCCGAGCCAAGCCACAACUGCUCUCUCGAGUCGGUCCAUCUCGCCGGCAACAGGUUCACCGGCGUCUUCCCGCCGGUCCUGAGGGGCUGCGACUCGCUGGCCACCCUGGACAUCGGGAACAACAGGUUCUUCGGCGGCAUCCCUCCAUGGAUCGGUACCCAGGUCCCGUCGCUGAGGAUCCUGAGCUUACGAUCCAACAGGUUCACCGGAGAGAUUCCUCGGGAGCUGUCGCGGCUCUCUCACCUCCAGCUGCUUGACAUGGCCAACAACAGCUUGACCGGACAGAUUCCGGUAGCUUUCGGCAAUCUGACCUCGAUGAGGAACCCAGAGAUCGUGUCGAGCCUCGGGUCGCUAGACGGAUCCAACUACCAAGAUAGGAUCGACAUAAUCUGGAAGGGCCAGGAGCUCAUCUUCCAAAAAAUCAUCCGGCUACUAACUGGCAUCGAUCUGUCAGGCAAUCUGCUAUCCGACUGCAUCCCCGAAGAGCUAACCAACCUGCACGGUCUCCGGUUCCUGAACCUUUCAAGAAACCAUCUCUCAUGCGGCAUCCCUAGAGACAUUGGCAGCUUGAACCUUCUGGAGUCUCUCGAUCUAUCAUGCAACGAGCUUUCAGGAGCCAUUCCACCGAGCAUCUCGGCCCUGUCGACGCUCAGCACCUUCAACAUCUCCAAUAACCAUCUGGCGGGCAGGAUACCAUCCGGGAGCCAGAUGCAGACACUGGACGACCCUUCCAUUUACAGCAACAACUACGGGCUUUGUGGACUUCCACUAGUCGACGUUCCCUGUGCAAAUACUUCGCUUGCGUCCGAUGAGAGAAACGGUGAAGGGUUCGACCAAUGGCUUUGCUACUCCGUGAUUGCUGGGGUGGUUUUUGGAUUCUGGCUAUGGUUUGGGAUGCUAUUUACCAUUGAGACCUGGAGAUCUGCUCUUCUCUUUUCUGUUGAUAAAAUGCACUGCAAGGUUAUGCAGAAGGUGUCACGUAUUGAUCAGUUUCUUUCGAAAAGAAACACCGAUAAAUUUUUGUAGCUGUGUUUCUUCUUUACACCAUUAGAGCAUACCCAGUAGUUGUGUGUGUAAGGAUGAUAAAGCAUUGUACUUGAACUACAACAUCACCGUGAAGCAAUUUGUACAACAAAGGUACAAUUUGUAGCAUUUUAUAACCUUAUAUGAUUAGAUUGAUCUUGUCCACAAAA